AUGGCACUGUAUGAAGAAUUGUAUGGUAGGAGGUGUAGAACUCUGUUGUGUUGGUAUGAAUCAGGAGAGAGUGUUGUGCUUGGACCUGACAUUGUGAAAGAGAUGACUGGAAAGAUAAGGAUGAUCUGUGAGAGUAUGAAAGAUUCUCAGAGUCGUCAGAAGAGUUAUCAUGACAAGAGGAGGGAAGCACUUGAGUUCCAGGUGGAUGACCAUGUGUUUAUGAGAGUUACUUCGCUUAAAAAUCUUCAUGAUGUAUUUCAUGUAUCUAAGUCGAGGAAGCAUGUUCCAGAUCCUUCGCAUGUGAUUCAAAUGGAUGAUAUACACGUGAGAGAUAACUUGACUAUCAAAGCAUCACCAGUACGAAUAGAAGGACGUGAAGUGAAACAAUUGCGAGGCAAAGAUAUUGCCUUAGUGAAUGUGCUGUGGGGUGGACUAGUAGGUGAAAGUCUGAUGUAA